AAAAAAAGGUCGAAUCUCUCCGGCGAAAAUUUAGAGAGCGAUCGAAUUCGAUGGCGGAAGAUCCUCAGAGAUUGAAGAAGAUAGCGGCGGCAGCGUACGACUACGAGAACGACGCUCGAUGGAAGGAUUACUGGUCAAACAUUCUCAUCCCUCCUCACAUGGCUUCUCGUCCCGAAGUCAUCGAGCAUUACAAGCGCAAAUUCUAUCAACGCUUCGAGGAUCCUGAUUUUGUUGUGGAGCCUAUGUCGACUUCUUCUUCCUCUCAAUCUGCUAGACCUUCUGCAUCCUCAACUGCGUCUGGGAAUUCAACUGAACAAGCUCGUCCACGUAACUCAGGAUCGGUUCCUCGAACCUCUGGGCCAUCUGCUACAACAGGUACAAACUCAAGUUCAGUGCGUUGGGAUCAGCAGACUAUCCAGUUCUCUAUCAAUGCUUGGGUUUUCGUUAUAGCUGUGCUGGCAGUGUUGCCUAUCGUACCUCAGUACCUCUCAAAUAGGGCUUAUCGUCUAUCCUUCAUGGGAACUGCGUGCUCAUCUCUAUACUCGUUGUACUCUGUUUACGGGAGGCCAAGGGCAUGGAAUAUGCAAGGGCUGCAAGUUUAUUUUCAAUCAAUUGUAGGAGCAAAGGAUUUCAUCUGUUUCAUCUAUUGCCUUACAUUUGUCACUUCAAAUCUCUGUCUCAAGUUUGCUUUGAUUCCCAUCUUGUGUCGAGCACUUGAGCUAGUGGCCAAGUUCUUGAGGCGUAACUUCGCUCGCUCCACCAUAUACAGAAAGUACUUGGAAGACCCUUGUGUGUGGGUGGAGUCAAACACAACUACUCUCAACAUCCUCUCAUCGCAGGCUGAGAUAGCCAUUGGCUUCCUUCUCGUUAUCUCUCUGCUCUCGUGGCAACGCAACUUUAUACAGACAUUCAUGUACUGGCAGCUAUUGAAGCUGAUGUAUCAAGCACCAGUAACAGCAGGUUACCACCAGAGCACGUGGAGCAAAAUCGGGAGGACGGUGAAUCCGAUGAUCCAACGUUAUGCUCCAUUCUUGAAUACUCCGGUCACUGCCGUUCAGAGAUGGUGGUUCAGGUGAAAAACAAACAAAUUGCAGAGGUGGCUUUUGAAACCUUUCAAAAACAAAACAAAAGUUAGCUUUCAACAGUCUUAUGUUUCGUUUCAGAUUUCACCGUCAAGUAGAUUCUUCUUCUCCUUGUACGUUUUAUGGUUAUGAAAUAUACAUGAUGCCACUAAAGAUUUUGACUUUCUUUUGAUAACUAAUUUAGAGGUAUUUGAGUAACUCCCUUUUGACGGAGUAAGAUCUAUAAUUUUUUAUUACAUGUGUGGGUGAUUCGAUCAAAA